ACGACCGUGGCUUUGCGCGAAUGACGUUCGAUCGUUCUACUCGUGUUUAUUUAACGUGUCCUCAAUGAAAUAAUAAAAGAGAUAUGAGUUUAUUAAUAUUCAUAUGACAUAUAAGUUUUGAAAUGUUUCGUGUCUGAUCGAGUAACAGGCCUUUUUUUUUUUUUUUUUUUUUUUUUUUUUCUUUUUUCUUUUUUCUAUAACGCUGUGUUAUUUUAAAUAGCACUCUAUAUUAUAUCUACGACAUAGAUUACUAGCACCUGUAAUUUACGGAUAUUAAUAUGGCAGUAACAACGACGUUAGGAUGGCUCGAUUAUACAGUUAUAUUUAUCAUGCUUUCCAUAAGUAUCGGUAUAGGUAUUUAUUAUAGAUUUAGUGGAGGCCGACAAAAAACAAUUGAGGAGUACUUUAUCGCUAGCCGAUCAAUGAACGUUAUUCCUGUUGCUGUCGCACUCAUGGUCUCAUUCAUGUCGGCUAUUACUUUGCUAGGUUUAUCGUCUGAAAAUUAUUAUUAUGGUACACAAUUCGUAGUUAUAAAUUUAUCAUACGUUAUAGGUACGCCUAUUGUUUGUUAUGGAUUUUUACCAGUAUUCUUUAAGCUUCAAGCAACAAGCGCAUAUGAGUAUUUGGAAAAGCGUUUUGGCGUUAAAACUAGAAUGAUGGCUAGUUUUGUCUACUGGGUACAGUUGCUUUUGUAUUCAGGAAUUGUACUUUAUGCACCUUCAUUAGCUUUGGAGGCAACUACAGGAAUUUCUAAAUCCGGAAGUAUCAUAAUAAUUGGAUUGGCUUGCAGUUUUUAUUCCAGUAUAGGAGGCAUUAAGGCUGUCUUAAUAACAGAUCUAUUCCAGAGUAUACUUAUGUUCGCUUCUGUUAUCAUUAUUAUUAUUAUAGCCUCGUAUGAGAUAGGAGGUAUAGAGAAAAUAUGGGAAAUUGCUAAGAUGGGACAACGGAUAGAAUUUGACAACAUUUCUAUAUAUCCAACGGAACGACAUACUUGGUGGUCCCUCAUUUUUGGUGGUUUGGUUACCUUUUUGUCUUUGUACGGAGUAAAUCAAGUUCAAGUGCAACGUUUGCUAACUGUUAAGAGUUUAAAUGAAGCGCAACUAGCGCUGUGGUUAUCUUUGCCCAUUUUAAUGUUGCUCUCUGUGGCAACGUGCUUCUCCGGAUUAUCGAUCUAUAGUAAAUAUUAUGACUGCGAUCCUUUAACGGAUGGAAGAAUCUCUUCUAUGGAUAUGUUAAUGCCAUUAUAUGUAAUGGAUACUAUGCAUUAUUUUCCCGGAUUACCGGGUCUCUUCGUAGCAGGCAUUUUCAGUGCUGGUCUCAGUACAAUAUCUGCGGCUUUAAAUUCUUUGGCUGCUGUUACAUUAGAGGAUUACGUCAAACCCAUAUACAGUCGUUGUACCCAUAAAGAAUUAAGCCCAACGAGUUCAGCCAAUAUUGGAAAAAUGAUAGCGCUCGCCUAUGGACUAAUCUCUAUCGCUUUGGCUUUUCUCGCUGAACUUUUAGGUGGAGUUUUACAAGCAGGAUUGACAAUAUUUGGCGUCGUUGGUGGUCCACUUUUGGGAGUUUUUACAUUGGGAAUGACUAGCGAAUCCGCAAUAGAAUCAGGAGCUAUAUCGGGAAUGAUACUGUCACUUGCUUUUCUCUUGUGGAUCGCUUAUGGACAACCUAGACCCGUUCCUCCUAAAUUAAUACUAUCUAACCAUGGCUGUGAUGUAGAUACAAUAAAAAAUAUAACGUUAAGCGCUUUAAAAGAUCCAAUGAAAUUAUCAUCUCAAAAAAUCGAUGAUACGUCCUAUUUUUAUUUAUAUCGUAUAUCAUAUAUGUGGUAUGCACCACUCGGGUUUCUAAUUACUGUUAUCGUUGGACUGUUAGUCAGUAAUAUAGUUCGGUGCACGUUUAAACGAACUCGAAAAGAGUUAGAUCCUAAUUUGUUUUUUCCAAUAAUCGGCAAACGAUUACGCAAAGAGCAAUCACCUAAUUUCGAAUGCAGCCAAUUUGUAAAUUUGCAUAAUAAGGUACAAGGAAAGUAUACAUUUAACGUUGAUGUAUCAUCUGACGAAAUAGCGAUGCGUAAGGUCCGCGUAGGGUCGAAAGAAAGAAAGAGAGAAAAAAGACAAAGAACAAGAAACAAAAAAAAAAACAAAAACAAAAACAAAAAGAAAGAAAAAAAGCGCUUGAUAUCGAAUGAAUUCCUUCGACAGGGAUUCGAAAAAAUGCGGCCACGUCUGUUCGUGCUCUUCCUCUUUCUGUCGGCUUCGUCGGCGGAACAACGGCGAACCGAUGCAACCACGGACGAUUGCCAGAACGAUCGGCCGUUCUUACUUCAUUAUUUUUCCUGGGCCGAUUACGCGGUUCUCGGCUCGAUGCUACUCGUUUCCUGCAUGAUUGGCACCUUCUACGGUUUCUUCGCGAAGAAGCAAGAAACCAGCGAGGAUUUUCUACUCGGUGGCUCCACCAUGGGCACUUUUCCCAUGGCCAUGUCCCUGGCCGCGAGUUUUAUCACGGCAAUCGAACUCCUUGGGAAUCCUGCGGAGAUGUACGCCCAGGGCACUCAAUUUUGGAUGACAUGCCUGGCAUUUAUUUUAGUGGUACCGAUCACUUCUUACCUCUAUCUGCCAGUUUACAUGAAGCUCAGAUUGACCUCGAGUUACGAGUACUUGAAUUUACGCUUCGAUCGACAUUGCAGAUUACUCGCUAGCGGAUUGUACAUGCUUCAAAUGAUUUUUUAUACGUCAGUCGCCGUUUACGCGCCGGCAUUAGCUUUAAGUCAUGUCACAGGCCUUAAUACUUACAUAGCCGUUACUCUAGUCUACUUAGUUUGCAUAUUUUACGCCUCACAGGGUGGCAUGAAAGCUGUCAUAAUGGCCGACACGUUUCAAGCAGCCGUUCUCCUAGGAUCUCUCUUCCUCAUUGUCGGCUUAGGUUUAUCCUGGGCAGGUGGGAGUUCGCUCGUCUGGGAAGACAAUCGUAAAAGCGGAAGAAUGGAGAUCUUCAAUAUGGAUCCGAGUCCAACGGUACGACACAGCUUUUGGAGCGUCGUCGUUGGUGGUACUUUCUAUUGGACCACCAUGUAUUGCAGUAAUCAGGCUUCCGUCCAAAAGUAUCUCAGCGUAGCGAACAUCUCCCAAGCCAGAACGGCUUUAUGGGUAUCCAGUUUCGGAAUGAUCGUAAUAUAUACGAUCAAUUUCUUAACGGGCAUGGUACUUUAUAGCGUUUACAAAGACUGCGAUCCGCUUUCGGCCGGCUACAUAACCGGCUCCGACCAAAUACUGCCCCUAUAUGUGAUGAAUCACUUGGGUAGCCUUCGCGGCAUGCCCGGUCUCUUCGUCGCCGGUAUCUUUGCGGCUUCUUUGGGAACGGUCGCAAGUGCUUUGAACUCCUUGGCCGCGAUCACGUGCGAGGAUGUUCUUCAAGGACUUUUCAAAAUGGAUUUACCGGCACGGAAGGGAGCAACUUAUGCCAGAUGGAUCAGUAUAUUCUUUGGCGUCUUCGGCUUCGCUCUCAUCUUCGUUGUGGAACGUCUUGGUAGCGUUCUCCAGGUGGCUCUAUCUUUCAAUGGUAUGGUGGGUGGAGUUACCCUGGGAUUAUUCUCUUUGGGGAUGUUCGUACCGUGGGCUAACGCUAAAGGAGCCAUGUCAGGUGCCAUUGUCGGUCUGACAAUAGUUCUAUGGAUCGGAUUAGGAGCUCAAGUUGCGAUAAUCAAUGGGCAGAUACAUUUGGGGAGUAAGCUUGUCUCGAUUGAAAGAUGUACCUGUUUAAACAGUACGAUACCGGCGACGAUGAAGUUGACCGAUAUACCCGAGGAGAGCGAGAUAUCAUCCGUUUACAGGACGAGCUAUCUCUGGUAUAGCGCUAUCGGUUGCGUUCUGACGAUGGCAGUUGGUCUCGUAGUCAGUCUCUUUACCGGUCUACAAAAUCCGGCCGAACUCGAUCAAGAUCUUCUCAGUCCACCGAUCGCAGCCAUAUUUCGCUCGCGAACGAAGACACGAAGAUCGAACAGGAACGUUCAAGGUGUUGCGAACUUUGGCCUGGAACUCGACGAUGAGAAAGCGGACACUCGUAAGGGCCCAAAGUGAUUGGCUCCGUCUUAUUUCGAACGUUAACGCGAAGAUCACGGUCUUACGCGUACCGGUAAUAUUUGUAUAGAUUUUUUUGAUCGCGAGACGAGUCGCUCGUCGGGUCAUUGCUCGGUUACAGGGAUAACGUGUGGCUUGUUCGAACAUUUAUUAACAAAAGAGAGAGAGAGUGAGAGAGAGAGAGAGAGAGAGAGAGAGAGAGAGAGAGAGAGAGAGAGAGAGGGAGAAGAAAAAAGCAAGACUUUAGGAAUCUAGUGAUUUAUAAUCCGUUAUUGAGAAAGAUCUAACGAACUCUUGCGAUAACGUUAAGUGUAUCAUCUAACGAGUAGACUAUAUGUUAAGACGAAACGGUUGUACGAAUAGAUUUAAGUCGAUCGUUUCUUCGAUUUGACAGCCACGCUAAUAUUAUUUUUCGCUGACUAAUUUCAUCGUCGUUUUGCUAUUAUUGUUAUUAUUAUUAUUAUUAUUAUUAUUAUUACUACUAUUAAUCUAUCAUUCUGCUGAUAUUGUUAUUCUCAUCGAUAUUAUUUAAAAUGAUCGGCAGGAUCACGUAUUCUCUGGUAUAAACUCAGGUCGACGGGUAAAAAAUCUCUUCGGUAGAAUUUCUUCGUACUUUCCUUUUUAUUGAAAUUUUAAAAAGUAUAUGUAUUAUUCUUAUGCGAAAAGGCGCAAGAUCCUUAACCCUAUCCUCUAACUUCCUCGUACAACUAAUUUUGAAAGAAAUAGCGAUGGAUUUCAGGUGGAUCAACCGGAAAGAUAUCUUCACGGAAAGAUGAUGCCAAGUCGAUCGAUGCGCUCGUCGGAAACCAUCGACUUUGACAUAGAUUUUCGUUCUUUUCGUCGACUUGAUUUUGUUGUCGAUGUAUUCGAAAUGGACAAGAAAAUGAAAAAUACAGCUAUUAAAAGCUAUCGACCAUGGCUGUCCGUCUAUUUUAUAUUUUCCUUGUUCUUUCUUCAUGACUGCACCGGCAGAUUUUAGACCGUCAGAAUGUACGUCAGUUUGUUGAAUAAAUAACACGAUCAAGUA